UGAGAAAAAAAAAGGCAUCCCACUACAUAAAAAAAUUAAUUAAGGCCUUCAGUACAGUAUCUUGCAAGGCUUUUGCAACCACAAUACUUCUACGAUUAUUAUUUAAUAUCCCCUUCCAUACCUACCUACCCAAGCCUAGCAAUCUCAUACUUGUUACUAAACAAGGUGGACUUGAGAAUACCUUGGAACUAUCUCACAACCGGGUAACAUAUUUACUUUCGACUCUCAUCCAAAGCUUCUACUUCACCAACCCUGAAGUUCACGGUCGGAAUACUAAAUCCGAAAUCUCAUAUUCUUCUUCCCUUUUCCGGGGUUAUCUAUCCUACUUGGUAGGAUUCAAUCACCACAACUUCAAAGAUCACCCUAGGUCAAAAUGAAGUUCGUCCUGGUAUCCGGAGGCGUGAUCUCUGGAGUAGGCAAAGGCAUUAUUGCCUCUAGUACUGGCCUACUACUGAAGACUAUAGGCCUUACCGUCACCACCAUCAAGAUUGAUGGUUACAUCAAUAUCGAUGCCGGAACAAUGGCACCGACAGAACACGGUGAGGUUUACGUGACGGAUGAUGGUGGUGAGAUGGACCUAGACAUAGGAAAUUAUGAACGGUACCUACUUACCACCCUUACCCGAGACCACAACAUCACGACGGGCAAGGUCUAUCAGCAAGUUAUCGAAAAAGAGCGACGCGGUGAUUACCUCGGCAAGACGGUCCAAGUGGUACCUCAUGUUACCGGUGCCAUUCAGGACUGGAUUGAACGGGUUGCCAAGAUCCCAGUCGAUGAAUCUGGAGCCGAACCGGAUGUAUGCGUCAUCGAGCUCGGCGGCACUGUUGGUGAUAUAGAGUGUGCACCAUUUAUUCACGCUCUAAGCCAACUGCACAAGAGAGCGGGCAGGAACAAUUUUGCCCAGAUUUUCGUAUCAUAUGUUCCCCUUGUUGGGGAGCAGAAGACGAAGCCUACCCAACGAGCUGUUAGUGACACUCGUAGUGCGGGCCUUAACCCCGACCUGAUCGCUUGCCGAUGCGAGCAGCCCCUUAAUGAAGGGACUAUUCAAAAAAUCGCCAAUAUGUGCCAGGUCGAACAGAAGCAAGUAGUUGCUGUACACAACGUCUCAACUACUUACCAUGUACCGAUGCUUCUGAAUAACCAGAAGCUCCUAGAUUCUCUUGACGAACUUCUGGAUCUAAAGAGUAUCAGCAGGCCAACCGCACGAAUUGAUCUCGGCUCUCAGAUGUGGGACCAAUGGGUCGGCCUUGCCCGAGGCCAGGAUCACGCUCUCGGAACAGUAACGAUUGCGCUUGUGGGUAAAUACACCACGUUGCACGAUUCGUACAUAAGCAUAUCGAAGUCACUAGAGCAUGCAGCCAUGUACUGCCGAAGGAAGCUUGAGCUCGUCUGGGUUGAUGCCUCGCACCUAGAGGACGAGACCUUGGAGAACUCGCCAGCCGAGUUCCACAAAGCUUGGCACACGGUCUGCACUGCCAAUGCUAUAUUGGUCCCUGGCGGCUUCGGCUCUCGAGCGAUAGAAGGAAUGAUCAAGGCAAUUACCUGGGCACGUACCAAGGGGGUACCGUUCCUAGGCAUCUGCCUCGGCAUGCAACUCGCCGUCAUCGAGUAUGCCCGCAAUAUCGCCGGAAUUGAAGACGCCGGAAGCGAAGAGCUUCACCCACAGGCCAAAAACCACGCCAUCGUCUACAUGCCCGAGGUCGAUAAAACCAAACUCGGUGGUACCAUGCGCCUAGGAAAGCACCCCUGCAUCUUCCAACCAGGAUCCGAGUGGUCGAAGCUGCGCGCAUUGAACGGGUCGGCGUCUCAAAUCGAGGAGCGCCACCGUCACCGUUAUGAAGUCAACCCUUCUAUGAUCGACCAGCUCGAGAAGGCUGGCCUCCCAUUCAUUGGAAAAGAUGUUAAGGGAGAGCGCAUGGAGAUUAUUGAGCUGCCAGACCACCCUUGGUUUGUGGGUGUCCAGUUCCACCCAGAAUACCUCAGUCGAGUAUUAUCGCCUUCCAAGGUAUUCCUCGGUUUCUUCGCCGCCGCUGCUGGAUGUUUAGACGAGGUAACCGCGUCGGUGAACAAGGCGAAGUAAUGGGAUGGAAAUCGGCGAAUCUCUCGAACCGACCCCUAUAAAUAGAGAGAGAAGGUUUCCAUGCUUUCAGGAUAGGUAAGGGGUCUAUCUAUUGGGAGAUCGAGUAUUAGUGGAUUGGGUUCGGAGAUAGGGGCAUAGGUUCAUGGGUAUUAAAAAUAAAGGGGCAAGGUUUUUUUCUUUUUUUGCAUCACAGAAUUUGCGCAUGUAGACCACGAUAUCCCGGAUGAGAUGAAACAAUGAUUCCAUGAAUAUACCACAAAUGAACACACUUUUCCAGGAGUAUGAAAAUUUGCUUUUAAUCUUGAUUCGUAGUGCCUACCAUAUGAUCACUUGUCAUGGACUUGGUACCUACCUAGGUAGUAUAUAGCUUCAGAGAUACUAGGUACAUUCAGC